CACCACCUGAAGGAACUGGGCCAACUAGAACAACUCCAAUUGAGGGAACAGGACCAACUGGACCUCCAGGAACUGGCACACCAGGGCCUGAGACACCAGGAACUGGAACCCCAGUUACCGGAAAACCACCCACUGGACAGCCACCAAGUGGUACACCACCAACUGAAGGGACACCAGAAACUGGAAAAACUACUGAACCAACGGCACCUGCACCGACAACACCAGGUGAGUGUCCAGAUGGACUAGAGUGGUCUGAGUGUGCGUACAAGUGCAACCAGUUGUGUAACUACUUCAUGGGAACAUGGACCAUCGAAGAGGUCUGUGAAAAGGAAGACAACUGUGUUGCAUCUUGUAAACCACCAGUUGAAUGCAAUGAAUCAGAGAGAUACAGGGAUCCAAAUACCUGUGUGGAACCAAUCCACUGUACUUGUAGAGACCUGGAUGGGAACGAAGUACCGAAUGGCGCAGUCUGGGAGGUUGACGAAUGCACAGAGUGCAUGUGUUGGGAUAACAGUGUUAAUUGUGCAACAACUCCUGGUUGUGUGCCGUCUACAACUCCUGCACCAACCACACAAGCGACUACCCCUGUAGAAACAGAGCAGCCAACAACAGUUGGAGUCUGUGAGGAGCCAAUGGGACUUGAAUACGACACAAUUAUUAAGGACUCCCAGAUCACUGCCUCAUCAGAGUUCGAUUACAGAUAUUCUGCACCAAGAGGACGUAUCAAUACUGAGCCUGAGGAUGAUUUGGCCGGAGCAUGGGUACCAAGAUUCAACGAACCAGGCCAAUGGAUUCAGGUUGAUUUUGAGGAGCCUACUCUUAUAUCAGGAGUUGUGACCCAGGGUAGAGAAGACCAACCCCAAUGGGUACAAUCAUUCAUUGUACUGAUUAGUGAAGAUGGCGUCAAUUUUACUCCAUACACUGAUUACCCAGGAGAACUAGCUAAGAUAUUCCCAGGAAACACAGACCAAAAUACACUGGUUAAGAACCCAUUUAAUCGCAAUAUUAUCGCCCAGGUUAUCCGUAUUCAGCCCGUAACAUGGGAAGACGCCAUUGCCAUUAGGUUCAAUGUACUUGGUUGUGCGGAGAAAACAACACCCUUACCUGGAACAACCGGAACUGGAACUCCAGGAACUGGGACCCCAGGUACUGUAAAACCAACCACUGGACAACCACCAAGUGGCACUCCAUCAACUGAAGGAACUAGGCCAACUGAGGGAACACCAGGAACUGGAACUCCCCCAACUGAGGGAACAACAAAAAGUAGCACAA